AUGGACCAUUCUAAUCAAAAUGCCGAUCAAAUUUCGGCUUUUGCCGCUACACCUUCACCUGAUGAAGGAACCCAGUCAUCGUUCAAAAGAAAAAAGGUUCAAUCAGAAAAGGAUGAAAAGGUGACAGAAAAAGAAAACACAGAGGUUGUCGAGGAAAAUGGUUCUACUUCCAAUAAUAAUAGAAAUGAAGCAAAUGAUGAUGGUAUUGCUUUUGAAAUUGUUCCAGGACAAAUACAAGUCCCUAUUGAUGAGCAGCCAGGAUGCUUCAGUUGCCGAAAAUUAUUGUCUUUCACGGGGCCUGGUUUCCUAAUGAGUAUUGCUUAUCUCGACCCAGGCAAUAUCGAAUCUGAUCUACAAACUGGUGCAAUUGCAAAAUACAAGAUAUUAUGGGUACUGUUUUGGUCCACAGUGAUGGGGCUUCUACUCCAAUUGCUUGCUGCUCGAUUAGGAAGUGUCACAGGACUGAACCUCGCCCAGAUGUGCUAUAAGGAAUAUCCCAAAGUUCCACGUCUUCUGCUUUGGUUCAUGAUGGAAUUGGCUAUCAUUGGCAGUGAUAUUCAGGAAGUCAUUGGAUCUGCAAUAGCCAUCAACUUGCUUUCAAAUCAAAAAAUCCCUAUAUGGGCAGGUGUGUUAAUUACAGGCAUUGACACUUUUACAUUCCUGUUUCUUGAAAGUGCUGGUCUCCGGAAGUUAGAGGCUUUAUUUGGCGCCCUCAUUACUACAAUGGCAAUUUCAUUUUCUUAUAUGUUCUUUACUGUGAAACCUGAUGUGAUUGAAAUAUUGAAAGGUCUUGCUAUUCCUUGGUGUUCAGGUUGUAGUAAGGAUGCCAUCCAACAAAUGGUGGGCAUUAUUGGCGCUGUCAUCAUGCCACACAACAUUUAUCUCCACAGUUCUUUGGUUCUGAGUCGUGCGAUAGAUCAUAGGAGCCCACAACAAAUCAAGGAGGCAAAUAAAUAUUAUAGCAUUGAAUCAAGUAUUGCUCUCUUCAUCUCGUUCAUUAUUAACCUGUUUGUAGUAUCUGUGUUUGCUGCUGCUUUCACUGGAAAAGAGGCAACUCUCUAUGGUGCUGGUAUUUGGAUUGCCAAGAAUUAUUCUAUCACAAUGAAAAUAAUAUGGGGAGUUGGUGUCUUAGCUUCUGGACAGAGUUCUACGAUGACUGGGACUUAUGCUGGACAGUUUAUAAUGGAAGGUUUUUUGAAUAUUCAUUGGGCUAAGUGGAAACGUGUUUUAAUGACUCGAUCCAUUGCAAUGGUUCCUACCAUUCUGGUGGCAAUACUUGCUACUAAUUAUCUUGAUAUAAUGAACAACUGGCUCAAUGUGCUGCAAAGUGUUGAGUUGCCUUUUGCUCUCUUCCCUAUCCUCCAUUUCACAAACAGCCGAAGGAUCAUGGGAAAUUUUCGAAAUGGCAAAAUUUUACAAGCCCUUGUAUGGUUCCUUGCUAUUUUUGAUAUGGCUGUUAACAUUUACCUUGUUAUUCUAUUCAUUAAUGGGAGACAACCUUGGUACGUGUAUCUUGCAGUCAGUGUGAUAGCCUUCGUAUAUCUCACCUUUGUCAUUUACUUGAGCAUUGGUAUUAAAAACUAUUUGAAACUGAAAAGGCUUGUGCUGAACAAAUUUGGUUACCCCACACAUGAAUGUGACGCUGCUCUGGAAGAAUUAGAACGAACAAGUUACACUCAAUUCUGA